AUAAUAAGACAGAAACUGAUAUCCGUCAAGCUUGCCUUUAAAAUCUCAAAGUUUUAUUUGAGGGGAAAAGGUAACCCGAUUAAGUUUUUAACCCUGUUGUGCCACAGCAAACGGUCAACGCUAGCAGAAGUUGCACUGCUGAAGCUAGCUGUGAUUUGAUAAUAGCUUCAACGGUCGACUGACGGGACACAGAAGAGCCUGGUGCUUUAUAUGUUGUCGUCUGAGUCGUAUGAACCCUACAAUGUAACUUUAGUCAUGAAACGGCCAAGUAUUCACUUCAACGAGCGCUGUUGUCAAGCUUUAGCCUUGAAUGUGACGUGAAUGUGGGGUUAGCUGCACCACCGUUAGCAAGCUAUCUAACGUGACACAACUUGACCUGUGACCCAUUAAAUGCGUUGACCUCAUUAGGAAUACCUGCUCUGCAACUGUAUAGUAUAACGUUAGUCUGUCUGUGGACCACUAACACCCGGUCUUUUCUUUUAGUUAAUCCUCUAGCCUUACAGAAUCUGAUAGAUCAUAGCUUUGGGUACAUCCAGAUCACAGCAACAUAUUUAAUCACCUAAACCCAACAAAAUUAAUUAUGCAAUAGUGUGAUAAAAAUGCCAAUUAACUCUGUCUUGUGUAACACAGCUGUCAUUAGAGCGAAUGUGCCCGAGGGUUUCUGUUCUUUUCCAUGAUAACCUGUUGUUGAUGGUUUGAUACAAAAUCUGUUAUAUUACACAACUCUGGAUUUAAACUAGCGUACUGCCCCAAUACUGACAUAUUUUUCCAGUUGUAUACUAUCAAACAUAGAUAAAGCUCGAAGGUUACCGCUUGUUUAUGAAUAGGGGACCUGUGGUGUUGCCUUUUUGUUCCAGAGACAUGCAGUGUCUGUCUAGAUCACAGAAACAGAGCCAGGUUUACAUGGGAUCCCACUGACACAGGAAAGGUUUGCACUUUUCAGCCAGCUGAAGAUAACUACAAGUCAACAUGUCUCAUCGAGGGCCUUUAACUGCUGUUAUAACUACAGUAUUAGGGGCAACCUUAGGAGGACUGCUCAUAUGGCAUGUUUACAGAACGAAAGGGAAGAGGUUGCCUUCCACUCAGAAGGUGGCUGAUCCUGUAGAAGCUCCAUGUCCUGUGGAAAAGGAGUUUACAGCCGUAGAGCAUCAAUACACCCAACCAUCACAUCUUCUGGAGAAAGAGGUCAAGGUUGUGGAGUGUCAGACCGCACAACUGCCCCCUUCUGUACAGAUACCAUCUUCUGAACAGCUGCUUGGGGUGAAACCAGUGAUGGUGAGCUCUGAAGAGGAAUGGCAGCAGCUGUGGCCACUGAUGCAAAAGGAGCUGUCGGUCUUCCCUGUGCUGGGGCUUGACUGUGAAUGGGUAAAGACCAAAGGCGUGUCUGCGAAAGGCCGAACCUCUGCGGUCUCCCUGUUGCAGAUGGCCACAUAUUCAGGUCUUUGUGUCCUGGUGAGACUGUUGGCGUUUCGCAGCAGCCAGCAGCCAUUCCCUCUCAGUUUAAUGGAAGUCCUCAGAGACCCACACAUCUUGAAAGUUGGUGUCAGUUGCUAUGAAGAUGGCAAGCGUCUGACGCGUGACUAUGGUCUGUCGCUGACAUGUACGGUUGACCUGCGUUACCUUGCCUUAAGACAAAGGCUAGCUACAGUGAAUAAUGGCCUGAGUCUGAAGUCUCUGGCAGCCGAUCUGUUGAAUAUAUCCUUAGACAAAUCUCUGGAGCUGCGCUGCAGUGACUGGGAGGCAGAUCAACUGACGCUGGAGCAGAUGACGUAUGCUGCCAGAGAUGCCCAAGUUUCCAUCGCCCUCUUCCUUCAUGUCCUUGGCCUCCGCUCUGAAGCCAAUUCUGCCUCCAGCGGGAGUUCUUACUCUGAGUUGGCUGCCCGCUGCCAGGGCCUGGUGGACAUGCCCUUCAGGGGCCGAGGAGAGGGCGAUGAUAGGGCCUCUGACGGAGAGCGGAGGCGGCGGAUGCGGAAACCCCCCAGUUAUGAAAGUCCGGAGUCUGGAGAUCAGCAAGUCCCAGACCCUCGAAAGAAUAACAAGAGGAAACCGCUGGGUGUAGGCUAUUCUGCCAGAAAGUCUCCCCUCUAUGAUAACUGCUUCCUCCAUGCCCCAGAUGGCCAGCCUCUGUGUACCUGCGACAAGAAGAAAGCCAAAUGGUACCUAGAUAAAGGAAUAGGAGUGCUCCAGAGUGAAGAUCCUUUUGUUGUGAGGCUGCUGUUUGAACCGUCAGGACGUCCCGACUCCCAGCAGGACUAUUAUCUCACUGCUAAGGAGAAUCUCUGUGUUGUCUGCGGCAAAGCAGAUUCCUACAUCAGGAAAAACAUUGUGCCACAUGAGUACAGACGGCAUUUUCCCAGUGAGAUGAAGGACCACAACUCCCAUGACAUCCUGUUGCUCUGCACCAGUUGCCACGCCGCCUCCAAUGUGCACGACAGCUUCUUGAAGCAGCAGCUAGCUGAAGACUUCGUCGCCCCUCAGGGCUGCGAGGACGGAGUUCGCCUUCUGGAGGACUCGGACCGGCGGCGGGUACGUUCGGCAGCUCGGGCUCUUCUCACCGCUGGGGAAGGACUGCCAGAGCAGCGACGAGAGGAGCUGCAGGCUUUGAUCAAGAGCUUCCUUAACAUGAACGAGGAGCAGGAGCUGACGGACGAGGCGCUGCAGCAGGCUGCAGGUUUGGAGACGAGGAUUUUCAACGAGGCGUACGUGCCUCACGGUCUGAAGGUGGUGCGAGCCCAUGCCGAGCAGGGCCUGCAGGGCCUGAUGGACCUGGAGCGUCGCUGGAGGCAGCACUUCCUUACCACCAUGCAGCCCAGCCACCUCCCUCCCCUCUGGUCCGUCGACCACAACCACAGCAAGUUCCUCCGCAAAUACGGAGAUGACCUGCCCAUCAAACUAAACUGACUGUCAGUCCCCACAAGGACCACAAGCAGGACCAGCACAGAAAGCUGACUUUUCUCAUCUGCCGGUCAAGGUGCCGGUUGGAUUUGAAACUUCCACAGUCACUGUCAGUUUUACAAGCCAAAUUGCUUCUCUUUUUUUAGUGAGUGGAUGAAUGAACUCCUCUACCAGCCGGGACCCAAAUGUUACCAGCAUGUAGCGGCUGUUACGUUACCAUUUACCACAAGGCCAUGAUGAGUGUGUGAGUGAAUACUCGAUCUGCGAAGGACAUUGGACGACGUUUCACUCUUUGUGGUGACACAGGUGCUGGUAAGACGUUGCUAGGCUGCCACCUGGAUCCUGAAUUAAUUUGAUCAGAGACGAUAUCCAGCAUCGAAUCUGAAAAACACUAACUCCACAAUGCAAUGGUGGAUAUAUGACCACUUGUUUUAAUCAUGGUAAAAAAAUAUUGAAUUAUUUAUGAAAAAAGUUAAAAUAUUGACAUUUAAGAACUGAUUUGUAGGAAAAAGGUGCACCUGCUCUUAAUUUCCCCCUGAACACCCCCACUCCCCCCUUGCAGGCUAGCAGCUUUUACCUCAGUCAGUCUGAGAAUAAAUUACUUGCUUUGCAGAGAGAGGGUCAUUUUUAUAUGCCCUUUAAAUUUGGCACUCCCCCCUGCUUUUUGUUUUGUCUAUUGUCUGUUUUAAGUCAAUAGAUAAAGUAGGAGUUUCCCAGAAGCAUCUUGAAGUCAAAUUUCCUUAAACUUUGGUCUGGUGUCUUUGGGCCUGAAUGUAUUCCAUCUGUUUGUUUUUGCAGGGGAAGAUCAAUCCUAACCACAGUAAAGUUGGCUGGCUUAGUCAAUCAUUUUAAACUUCCAAUGUUCAUGUCCAGAUGCUGAUUCUCCCGACGGUUGGGACAACUCCAUGGCUCAUGUUUUAAUGUGCCUCUUAAUCCCCAAACCUGCCCGGAGACUUCACAGCAUCAGGACAUGACCUCCUUACUGUUUCACUAUGACGUCAUUUUACAGAAUUCAACCUACAGUCAAGAAAAGCUGCCAACUCUUGUGCUUUAGAAAAUUACCUUAAAACUAAACCCCCCUUUGCAAGACAGAUUUAUCUUUUGAGCGUGAAUUUAUUUACAAUACAGCUGCUUUUGUCUUUUCGUAAUUUCUUGGAUGAAAGGCCUAAAGCUGCUUUUGUUUUCCUAAAUUGUGAAUGAUGCACAAAAUAAAAGUCAUGUUUAUAUA